CUCUCGUCCCUACAUGCUCUCUCUCCCUUGGCCCAUGACAGGGAAGAGAAAGGACAAGAGAAGACGAACGGUAGCAUGUUUCCGUUAUCGGAGGAUUCUGAUGCUCACAAGUUUGUUCUCGCUGGUGGUUUUGCGGUGCUGCUGCUGCGAGCCUGCCCAGGCUUCUUCUGCUGACAGCGGCAACAGCAGAAGCAACAGCAACGACGCGAGGCAACCCGAAGAAACGCCGCCUGCGGACGUCGUUGACAACGACCCUUGUGUUAAUGCCGCUGAUGAUGUCGCCAGUGUGCCUGGUAGGGAUUCCAUCGAAGACACAUUAAGAAUAAACGCGAGGAGCGGCCACGUGGAAGACGCGGAGGAGUUGGGAAUGCCCACCGCUAUUGCGACACUCGGGGUAGACGAGGGAGAGGGGGAGGACGACGGCGGUGGCUCCGUUUCGCUGACUCCUGCUGACCCAGUAGCAUCAGGAGCGGUAUCGCUAGCGGGAGCAUCUGCGUCAUCCUCAGGGACGACAGGUGAUCAACAGGCAACACAAGCGGGAGCGGCUUCUCAGGGAGACGCUGUAGUUAUCAUGCAACAACACGACGCCGCGGCCGCCGUGGCAGCGCACUCUGCCACUGGUCCUGUUGACGUUGAUGCCGACACUCCUUCUUUCGCCGCUACCAGUGCUGCUGAUGCUAUGCAAGGGUCUGAACUAGACCAAAACAGCCAUCAGCACGAUACGAACGUUCUAGCCGUUGGCGACGAAGGUUGCGUCAGCGGGGGAGGACGGUUGGGCGGGCCGACGGGGUUCGACGCCGGGAGAGAAAAAAAACUGCCAGCGGCGGAGGCGGCUUCGGCACCGGGAGUAGAAACGGCAGAGGAUCGGACGAGGAACGAGGGCGAAAUAAAGGAUGAGGCGCUGCGAUUGGAAGGUGACGGCGGCAAGGAGGCUGGGGGCGCGAGGGAUGAAAUCGACCGGCCUGGCGGUAAGGAUGAGCUUGUGGAAGAGACAACGGAAGCGGUCAAGGGAGGAGAGUCGCUAAUGACAGACGGCGACUAUUCCGAAGCGGCACACAGUAGCGAUGAAGUGGAAUCAGGGGCAACCGGACUCGACGACCCCGCUGCUGUCGUUGAUGAUUCUGAAGUUGCCGACUCUGCCACCGCUGAUGUUGGCGGCGAUGCUGACGCCGAGCCUACCGCUGCUGCCGCUGCUGCUGCUGCUGCUAUUGCUGCCCUGGCUGCUGAGGAGAGUGAAGAGCAGCGAGUACCACCGGUGCAGCCCCUGGUCUCCGAGAAAGAACCAUCGCUCGACGCACACAGCAGCGAUACCGGCGCCGCUCAAGCGAAGGACAUCGGCGGAGAAGCCCUAUCGCCAGCAGUCGGGGACGAUGAUACAGAUACAGAUGAAGGUGACGGCGCUGCUUGCACUGGCGUUUCUGAUUUCGCGAAACUACCCGCCCCCGACACCGGUACCUCUACCGCCUCCGCCGGUGGAGAAUUCCAGUCUGUGCGGACACCCAGCGGAACGUCAUCACCACCAAAGUCGGUGGCAGCUGUCGCGGAUGGGCUCGAUGAGGAGGUAUUGAAAUCAGAAGGGUCGGGCGGCAGCUACAGCGGCGGUAGCUACAGCGGCGGCGGCGGCGGGGCUGACGAUCACGGGGUCGCCGACGGUGGGACGGCGGAUGAACACCGCCCCGUGGAGGACUCUGAGGUCGAGACAGAGACCGGUGAUCACAGCAGCAGCAGAACAAGCGGGGGCAGUGGCGGGCGGAGGGGCGCAAAAGAGUACAAGAGGCCCGGCGGGCAGGGCGAAAAUAAAGAGGUGCGAGAAAGUCGGGAGGAGGCGUAUCCCCACCACGGAGGGGACGGUGUUGAUGGUGGCGAUGCCAGCCGCAGCAGCGGUAGUACGGCGGAUUUUCCUCGAGGUUCGCCGGAGGAGAUGGCGCAGCGCGUGAGAGAUAUGGAGGCGGAGCUUGUGCGCAAGCUCCUCGCGGAGGAGGACGCCAAGUCCUUGCUCGACAUCUGGGUGGAGAGAACGCGAGAGUACGUCUUGACCCAGACGGUUCCGCCGACAGACGCGGAGUGCGACUUCAACUGGAGCCGCCUCCGCUGCGAGCCCAAGUGCACGUGCGGCGCGCGGCUCCGCUUCGGCGACUACACCCCCGGCCGAGCCUGCCGCCUGCUGCACCCCUGGGAGCGUAACCCGGAGCUGUGCGGCAGCGGCGUCAACGGCGACGACGGCGGUGACAGCGGAGGCGGCAGUAGGGACGGCGGCGGCGGCGGCGCGUGGGACCCUUCGGACGAGCCGGCCGUGAGGCGAGUCGUGGCGGCGGUGGCCGGGGUGCUCGGCGGGUUGCGGCAGGCAUACGAGGCGCGGGUGGCCCCGCCUUCGGACUCCGAGUGCAGCUUCAGCUUCGAGACGAGGCGGUGCGAGCCGCAGCCGCUCUGUCGGCUCCGGUUCCGGUGGGGAGAUCUGACUCCAAGCAGCGCUUGCAGGCUCGCCGGCGGCGCAAGCUCGGACGAGAAGAAAUAUCGUGCUUCCGCUCCUACGCACAAGAGCCCCGGCGGGGGCACCUUCCACUGAAUCGAGCACGUGCGCUGCUCGCCCCCCCUGUGUGUUGUUGUACUUGGUGCUUUUGGAUCUCUGGGGCGUGAUGUAUGUGCGUGUCUUUUCUUGUAAUGUGUGUAGUUUAUUUUUUUGCUGCUUGUCUGUCGUAUGUAGCAUGACGCACAAACGGCGUAGGAAAUUGGGAGUGGUGCUGGGAGGCCGCCCUGCCCCCCGCGUCGAUUGUGUGUCUUUCAGUCGGUUGAAUUUUCGGGAAACUGUGCAUGAUUUGGGAUGGCGAAAAAAUAUAAUCCAGAGGAGGCCGACAAAAAGGACUUUUUGCGUUGGCACAACAUGAAGCGUUAGUUGGACCAACACGGACGUUAGAAGUCUAAAUAUCAGAACGGUUUAAAUAGAAUGUGAAGACAACAACAAUAGCAACGUCGACGUCGUCGACGACGACGACGACAUCGGAGACAUCAUCAUCGUCAACAACAACAACAAGCGGCUGAUGGGAGCGAUAGUUGUGUACAUGCCAAUGCAGUCAUUGAGAAGGUUGUUGGCAUUGGGACGGGCCGGGGAUGCUGUACGUUCUCUAAGAGAAUCGCUACAAUAUGGCCCAGGCGCCGUCUAUUUAGUUUCUUGGUCGAGCUGUUGUUGGUGUGAUGCCUGGGAUGGGCCAGGCAGGCGAGAGAAGAAGCUCCCGAAACCAAAUCACU